UCGAAUUUUAUAUGGUGUUUGAAGUUGCAGUGGUUUUCCACAUCCAUUUUGGUGAACCAAGUAACGUAUUCCUCUCCUGCUUUUUCUUGGCAAUUAUAUACAUGUUGCAGAUCCUAGCCAUGAUUAUAGGCACAGUACUGGUUCUAAAGAAAUUAAUAUUUACAAGCUGUGCUCCACUUUAUUUCUUCACUGACAGCUGCAUUAUUCUUGACAAGGCCUUGAUCCCAUGCAUCUUGCUGGCAUUAGGAGGCAACCUUGUUGAUGGACCAGGGCCAGGAAGUGCAAGAAUUGGUGUCCGAACACUUGUGGCUAUUAUAAUUGGGCGCUUAAUCUUGGUGCCUCCUGCGGGGCUGGCCAUUGCUUUCACUUUGGCAGGAUGGAUAAUUCUGUAUCUCAAAAUACUCUUCUAA